GAGAUCCCUUCCAUUCCCCUCUCUCCAUCUUCCGUUUAUCAUCAUAUAUCAUUAUUAUGGCUGACAAAGAAGCCACCGUGUAUAUUGUUGAUGUUGGGCAGUCUAUGGGAGAACGCCGUCAUGGGCGAUCCAUAACUGACCUAGAAUGGGCGAUGCAGUAUGUCUGGGAUAAAAUCACUACUACUGUGGCCACUGGUCGAAAAACGGCUACCAUAGGAGUCAUUGGUUUGAGGACAGAUGACGCGGUCAAUGAUCUUGCAAAGGACGAUGAUAGUUUCUCCAAUAUUUCUGUCUUUCGCAACAUCGGACAGGUUCUCAUGCCAGACAUUCGAACACUUCGUGAACUGGUCAAACCAAGCCAUACUGAUGAUGGUGAUGCCAUAUCUUCUAUCGUUCUGGCUAUACAGAUGAUUAUCACCUACUGCAAGAAGUUAAAGUAUAAGCGGAAAAUCGUUCUGGUUACUAAUGGGGAUGGGGCCAUGAGCGAUGACGGGAUGGACGGGAUUAUAGAAAAAAUCAAGGAGGAUAACAUCGAACUCGUGGUUCUGGGCGCCGACUUCGAUGAUCCCGAGUAUGGUUUCAAGGAGGAAGAUAAGGGACUGCAAAAGGCCGAAAACGAAACUCUCCUGAAACGCCUUGUUGAAGACUGCGAGGGAGUAUACGGAACGUUGGAGCAGGCAGUGUCUGAGUUGGAUAUUCCACGCAUCAAAGUUGUGCGAGGUAUCCCAUCAUUUAAAGGAUUUCUGCAGCUUGGUAACCCAGAGGAGUAUUCUACAUCUCUCCGCAUCCCAGUCGAGCGAUAUUAUAGAACAUAUAUCGCAAAGCCCCCACCAGCAAGUUCAUUUGUGCUUCGUUCAGAUAUUGUAAGCCAACUGGAUAGUGCAGAAUCCCCCGCAACUGUGGCAGCGCAGCAGAACACUCAAGCUGGAGAAGAGAAUACUCUCACAAACGUGCGGACUUUGAGGGUGUAUCAAAUUACCGAUGAGAGUGCCCCAAGGGGGAAAGCGGAUGUGGAGCGGGAAAACCUAGCCAAAGGCUACGAGUAUGGUCGAACGGCUGUCCAUAUCAGUGAGACUGAUGAAAGUAUCACGAGACUAGAGACAUUUGCCUCUCUAGAUUUGGUUGGGUUCAUUCAAAGUGAGAAGUACGAUCGUUACCUACACAUGUCCAACACCAAUGUCAUUAUUGCGCAACGCACAAAUGACAAGGCAGGGUUUGCGCUUUCUUCCUUUAUUCAUGCUCUUUUUGAGCUUGAGUGCUAUGCUGUAGCUCGACUGGUGACCAAGGAAAACAAGCCUCCACUUAUGGUGUUACUUGCACCUUCGAUUGAACCAGAUUAUGAGUGUCUCCUCGAAGUUCAACUUCCGUUUAAUGAGGACGUUCGAACAUAUCGCUUCCCUCCGCUCGACAAGGUAGUGACUGUCUCGGGGAAAGUGGUCACAGAGCACCGUAAUCUUCCCAAUGAAGAUUUACAAAAUGCGAUGAGCAAGUAUGUGGACAGUAUGGAGCUUAUUGACAGAGACGAUGAUGGAGAACAAAUCAACGCAUUGCCCAUUGACCAUUCAUAUUCGCCUUUGCUACAUCGAGUCGAUUCCGCAAUACGGUACCGUGCGAUCCACCCCAACGAUCCAAUACCUCCCGCCUCUGAAACGUUGACCAAACUGUCUCACCCCCCGGCGGAUCUGGUCGAAAAGUCCAAAAAGUACCUGGAAAGGCUAGUCGAGGCAUCCGACGUCAAAAAAGUCUCACCCAAAGCCAAGGGCCGUAAGCGCACUCGUGAAACCGAAAAGCCGCUGUCAGGGCUUGAUGUCGAUGCACUGCUGCAUCAAGAAAAGCGUGCCCGGAUUUCUGUCAGCAACGCUAUACCUGAAUUUAAACAGAUAUUAAGCGGCGCCGAAGAUAUCGAGACUGUAGGAGAUGCGGUCAAGCAAAUGACGGCCAUAAUUGAGAACCAGAUCAGACACUCCCUUGGCGAUGCGAACUAUGAUCGGGUCAUCGAAAUGCUGGGCGUAAUGAGAGAUGAGCUUGUAGGGUAUGAGGAACCGAAACUAUUCAAUAAUUUCUUGCGGCAAGUCAAGGAGAAGCUGUUGAAGGAUGAGCUUGGUGGAGAUCGCCGCGAGCUCUGGUGGCUCAUCCGGAGGCAUAAACUUGCCUUGAUUGACAAUAAUAUGUCUGAGCAAUCUGACGUUACUGAAGAAGAAGCCAAGAGGUUCAUGUCUGCGAAAUGACAUCUACUUACCCUCUGGCACAUCAACAGGUAUCAUUCAGAAAUGAAAUUAGAUCAUUACUCUACUGGUCGGAUAGUUAUAAUUUGCCAAUAAGAGA